AUGGAAGGACCUGAUCACGCACGAGCUCAAUGGUACUGGAAAUCGAAUUCGAAUCCCUGGUUGAGCAAUGAAAAGGAAGAAUGGACGAGAUAUUCCGAUAUUCAGUCUGACAUCAUUGAACACGCAUUUAACGAAACGACGAACACAAAUUUAGUUAAAUUAGAUAAUUAUUGGAUUGACUUGAAGCGCUCGGUUCAAAUCAGUAAUGAUGAUCAAAAUAAACAAAGACAAAUCAAACGAAUGCUAAUUACUACAAAUGACAAUGAAUGUUUACGAGAAGAGAGGUUUUUUUUUCCUGAACCAUUGAAGAAACCAUUCAAUGAGGAUCGUUUGGACGGUGGUUAUCAUGGCUUUAUCAAGGAGUGGGAGACAAAAAGAAAAACAUUUUUAUUCUUUUGGCAAGAAAGAAAUAAAGAAACUUCUAAUCGCGACAAAGUAGAACAAGCAGCAAAAGGAAUCAUCUUCGAAGGAAAUCGACUAGACAAAAAGGAUGACUCACAAUGGAUUGCUGAGCAAUUGCGAAGUGUGAAAAAUAGGGGUACAGACGAAAUUCGUCAGUGUUGCAUUAUGCUCUAUUCGAAAGAAUGUUUUCUAUACAAAUUAGUUAAUAAAACGCUAAGAGAAAAUGAUAAGACUAAAGUCGACACACUCGCUCCAUUCUGCUACUUUUUAUUCGAUUCAUGGUCAAAUGAUUCUAAGAAUCAAUAUAAAAUGGAAGUGUAUCGUGGUGCCGAGCUUGAUCGAGAAAUGAUAGAAUGUUAUAAAGAAGCCAUUGGUAAAUACAAGUGUUGGUAUGGAUUUUCUUCAACAAGUAAAAAUCGUCAUAAAGCAGAACGAUUUGGAAAUACCUUAUUUGUUAUUGAUCUGACAAAGACAGACAGAGGUGGCUUUGAUAUCUCAUCAUAUUCAUGUUACCCACAGGAAGAGGAAGUCCUCCUCCCUCCUGGAACAGCGUUUAAGAUUAUCAGUGUUCAAUCUGACAUGGAAAACUAUAAACAUUGUAUUUCUUUAGCUGUUCUAAAUCAUCUGGAUAAUGACCAGAGCUCUGAUUUCUCCAACAAAGGUUUAUCAACAAAAGACGCCCGCACAGUCGCUAAUACAUUGAAGAUCAACACAAAACUGGAACAGCUGGAUAUUUCGAAUAAUAAUAUAUUGAAUGAAGGUGCAACAUCCAUUGCUGAUGCAUUAAAGAUCAAUAAAACACUGAAACGGCUGAAUAUUUCGAAUAAUAAUAUAUUGAAUGAAGGUGCAACAUCCAUUACUCAUGCAUUAAAGAUCAAUACAAGACUGGAAGAGCUGGAUAUUUCGAAUAAUAAUAUAUCGCAUGAAGGUGCAAUAUCCAUUGUUUCAUUAAUCAACAAAACACUGAGACGGCGGUAUAUUCACGACUACAGUAUAAGGUUUAUGGGUUACACAUGCAUUGGUGACACGUUUGUUCAAUGGUUCAACCCCAGAAAUCUGUGA